AUGGCGAGCCCGCCUCUGCGAGCGUCGGACCUGUCCUCGUCCAGCCCGAGCAUCACACCGCACCGGGAGCGAAUGCGCAACGUGGGGACCCCGCUCAGCAUCUCGAUCACUCACACUGACCCUAAAAGGGUGCUGACAGCAUCCUCCUCACGAGAGGAGGCGUUGGCACGCGAUGCCGUGACGAAGUUCGAGCAACAACUAAUGCAAAAGGAGGAGCUGUUUGGUCACUCGUGUCGCGAGGCCGAAGGCCGACGUCCCUCAAAAGCUCUAACCCCCAGCGGUGCCGGUGACACAAGCGGCAUCGAGGACGGAGGCCGCGCCCGUGGCAAGGAGUAUGUGGAAGACAGCGACGACGAAGAUUUGUACAACUCUCACGUUGCGCGACGAAUCCGCGCCUUUCUCGACAGCAUUAAGGAGGAGGACUUUACGUGCAAUCCGUCGCCGGUAGACGCGAUGGACAUGGAUGCUAACGGCGAGGGUAUAGACGAGGAGGCACUGCACCAGCAGCAGCUAAAACGGGCGACAGUCGAUGAGAUCCUCAGGAUUGCAGCGGAGGCGCAGCGCGAGCUUCUGAUUGCCCUUUUCGACGCCAUCACGCUGGAGACGGAGUUGACAGAGAUGCGCGAGGACGCUGCCGUUCUUGAGCGUGCCGUCAGCCAUCGGGAAGAGACCGUUGAGGUGCUGAAGAUGCAGCUCAGCAUAGCUGAUGAGUACAACGAGGAACUGUACAGCGCCAAGAGGGAGGCGCUGCGCAAGCUCAGUGACGCGAAGACAGAGAUCGCGCUGCUCAGCCAGCGCAAUGCAACGGUGUCGACGCAACUGCAAGAAAAGGAGAAGGAACUGCAGCUGAGUCUUGCGAGGAGUGCGAAUCACUCGGCGCGCGUGUCACCCCCGGCGCCGGAGCGCAGGGAUGAGGGUACCAUCACAACCACGGAGCUGCACUCGGUGUUGAUCGCGGCGCCGGCCAGUGCCGGGGUGCCCAACAACGGCAGUCUAUCCACUCCGUUCUUCCCGAUGCAGCACCGUGAAUGUGAGCUAGAGGCGAUGCUUCGGAAGCUGCAACUUGUCUGCGAUACGCUUCAGUCUACGGAAAAUGCGAGGACCGACCUAAAUGAGCUGCGGCGGCAGUUGUCGAUUGGCGUCAGGGAGUCGCGGUCCGACGCUGCCGCAUGCGGCUCUGCAAGCAGUGAUGUUGGCAUCCCUCAGCCGCGCGGAGAGAGAUGCGCCCCCACUGGCCCGCAGCAACGCCUGCUGCGACGUCGGGUUGACGACGUGGCGCACUACACCGACUCUCUCGAGAGCGAUAUACCGAUGCUGUGGACAAAGGCUCGGGCGCAGCCGGCGGAGUCGUCCGGUCUGGCUUCCGCAAGCGCCACCUCACCAGAGGGGCAGGGUGGUCGUGGUGGCUGUGCCGAGCCUGCAGACUCUAACCUAGCGUUUCUUCAGCAGCAGCUCGACCGUGCUCAGGCAGACGCGCGGCGGCUUGAGAGCGAACUGCGCGCAGAGCGUGAAAAGUCGCAGCGACAGAGCGCGGCCGAGAAAAAGCUCUUGGAGAAUGUUGCCUACCUCACCCAAAAACUGCGUGCGCGCGAGGCGCUGGAUCGCGAGACACGCUUGCAGCGCAGGGCUUCGCUUUACCCUCACCACUUCAGUCCCAGAGACAGUGCUGGUGUGCGACGCGGGGUGGGCACAGCCGCGGGGGACGUUUCUGGCGAAGGCGCCCCGCCGUCGAUUGUGAGCCGUGCGAGUCAGGACCCCGAUGCUGCCGGUAUGGGAACUGCCACGGCGGCUACCCGGAAAAGUCGCGCGAACUCACAAGAGUUGCGCCAGCGUAGAGAGUCCGUCUUUGCGGCGCUGCGCGACGCUAGAAAAGCGAGCGAUGAGCGCCGCUCCUCCCACGUAGAGAACACACGUCGCAACUCAGAUGGUCAGACGUCCUUCUCCUCUAUCCCUCUGACCUCCUCGUCGCGCGACGCAGCGCCAGCAGCGCUGAAGGCGAGCGGCAACACAGUCACGGGCGGCACGAGAGGUACCACACCCACUUUGACUUCGUCGCGCGGCUAG